GCCCAGGCCACCCUCCAGUCCGCCACCGACGCGGGCAAGCAGGCGAGAGAGGCGGCCGCCACGCUCCGCAACCUCGGCGAGCAGGUGGCCACGACCAAGCGGCGCAAGGCGGACACGGCCUGCGGAAUGGCCCCAGGCGGCGGCGGCGCAGCCACUGCCGACGCCUCAGCCCAGCCGCCCGUGGACGCUGGCGGCCAGGACUUCAGCAACCCCGAGGUGGUCGAGGCGUACAUCAAGGCCGCCGCCUCGCGCAGGACUGCCGUGGCGGGGGUCGCGGCCUCCAAGGCGCCGACGGCCUCACCAGCGGCGCCCGCGACGGCAACGGCGCCAGCUGCGGCAACGGGGGCGGCGAACCCAGGCAAGGGCGAUGGCAAGGACGGCAAGGGCGGCAAGGACCAGGAGCAUAGGUCGGCCUCAGCCAGGACCCCUUUCGGCAAGAGGGACUUUGCAUCGAUUUUCUUCGGCAACGUCACCUCGUACUCUCUCAAGGUCAAGAAGUUCAUCGAGUCGGCCGACCACGACGUGAUCGGCCUCGCGGAGCACCACCUCUGCAAGGGCAAGUGCGACCAGGAGGAGAAGCGCCUCCGCAGUUUUGGCUGGCGUUCGGAAGGGGCUUGGACGCCAGCUUCUCCCUCUACCCGCUCGGACUCGGGCACCCGCGGCGGCGCUUGCUGGCUGAGGAGGGCCACCUACGCCACCAGCGUCCACCUGCAGGGCGCCAACCACCAGAGCGUGUUUCAGGACGCACUGCAGGACGUCUCAGUGGUGCUCUGGCGCUUCCAGGGGGCCACGUUCGCCUUCGUCGUGUGUUAUCUGGAUUGCUCCAUUGGCCUCGUCGGGACCAACGCCAGGAAGAUGGCCACAAUCGCUCGGAUUGUGAAGUCAUUGGGGAUUCCCUGGUGCUUGGUAGGCGAUUUCAAUGCCACUCCAGAAGAGCUGGCGCGCUCUGGCUGGCUACUCACCCUGAAGGCGUGGAUCAUGACACCAGAGGGGGUGAACAUCACGUGUACGUCGGGCAAAGGUCGCAUGCUGGACUACGUUGUCGUGCCCGACAGCUUCCGCCCCUUCCUCAAGAGGGUGAUGCCCAUCCAGAAGCUGCCGUGGGGCCCGCGCAUCGGCCUCGACAUCCUGGUCACCGCGAGGCCUGCCGCUGUGAUGCUACGCGCACCUGUGCGACCAGUAUCUCUAGAAGUGCCUGCAGGGGAAGUUCACGUGCCCAAGGGGAUCAAGCGCUGUCAACGCGACAGGCAGCGGCAUGCAGAACUGCAGCAGGCCAAGGAGGACUGCGACCGGAUGCAGGAGGCUCAGGAGCGCGUUGGCACUCGCAUCCCAGCGUGCGAGGAGGCCCAGGCUAGCAUCGCGUACCAGAUGGACCCCCACAUGGCGCAGGCGAUGGCGGUGCAGUGUGGAUGCUGGGCCGAGGCGGCGGAGGCGCAGCUGGCAGAGCUCUGCGGCACCGAGCCCCGCGACAGAGCCCGACGCGGUCAACCUGUCAAGUACCAAUGGCGCAAAGCUCAGGAGCAGGCGGCAGACUCGCAGUUCGGCCACGCCUGUGUGCAGGACAUCGGCGGCAAGUGGGCCAGCCUUCACGCCAGGGUGCAGGAACAGCUCAUCGCGCUAGGGCGCCACCGCCACGCCGAGUACCAGCGCAGGGUGCAGGAUAUCGUUUCCGACAUCAUCAGCGACAUCAGGCUCCUCCUCACCGCCCAGGGGCCUGCGCCAGAUGACCAGCUGCAGACCACUAAGGGGAAGUGGCGGAUCUACCUGGACGCCGGCAGGGUUAUAGGCACGGCGAGCGCAUCCGCUACUCCAGGACGAGGUGCAGGCCCUAGACGAGACCACACUGGAGAGGUCUGCGGCACGGUGCAGGCCUCCACAGAGGCCAGGGCACGCCGCUGGCGUGAUCGCUGGACCAGCAAGCCCGACCGCGAGCCUGCCUUGCGCGAGGCGAUGAGCGAGCUGCGGACCCUGGCCCGCGAGGCGCUGCGAGAGAGGCCCUACCACUCGAGAGACGACGUGGUGAGCGCCAUCAGGACUUUCCCCAGGGCCACGGGCAAGGGCGCCGAUCAGUGGACGCCUGGCCACCUUCUCGCGGUCUCCGACCAGGGGCAUGAGGCCUUCGCCACCCUGCUCAGCAUGGUGGUGGUCGGCAACGAGAGGGGUAUCGGCCUCCUUCUCUUGCCCGUGCGCAUCUGGGGCCGCAUGGCCAAGGCCGCCAUGACGCAGUGGUGCGACAAGCGAGCUGGACACUGGGAUGCUGCGGUGCGCGGGAGCUCCGCGCUGCAGGCUGCGUUGCUCGCCGUGGUGCUCGACGAGACCAGAGCGCACGUGGGCGUGGCCGAGCAGAGCAACUUUCUGAUGGACGUGGAGUUCUACGACUACAUCGACCUGGCCUUGAUGAUCCACAAGGGCAUCUCCCUCGAAGUGCCGCCCGUCGAGCUCUACCUGUGCUGCCUCACAUGCCUGGCGCCGCGUGUGGUCAAGUCUCACGGGGCAUGCAGUUCGACCAUCGUCCCCAACUGCUCAAUCCUCCCUGGCUGCGGGAAGGCCAACCACUGGGCAAGAGCCUUCAUCUGCCACCUGCUGGAUGCGGCCCACGCGAGAUCACCCGUGGCAAGGGUGAGGCAGUAUGUUGGCGACGUGCGCAGCCGUAUCGAGGGCGCGGCCGAGGAGGUCCUCGACCAUGCCAAGGACGUCGCGGUCACCCUAGUGCAGGGCUGCCUCGACCUUGGCCUGCGCGUUUCGCCCAAGUCCAUCCUGAUGAUGGCGAGGCCCAGAGACGAGAAGGCGGUGCUGACCCACGUGUACCAGGAGACAUGGCAUACGCGUGCAGAGGGCGUCCACGGCGAAGGACCCCGGCAUCGACUGCACCAUGGGUUCCAGGCGAAGCAACAAGGCGGCCAGAAUUCGGAUGACGGCAGCGAGGGCGAGGGCUACGCGAGCUUGUCUAUUUCGCAGGACGACGAGCCCAAGAUGGCGGCCUUGGCACAGCAGGUGAAGGAGUGGUUCUACUCCUGGGCGCGCCACUCGGAGCUGCGAGACCGAGUUCGACUUGGAUGGCGGGCGGUACUCAAGGGGCUCCGGUACUUGCGACCUCGUGCUCGGUGGAAGUGCGUCACGGGGCCCAUGGGCGCGAUCAUCUUGGCACUACGCGACAUCGGCUGGAUACCUCGGGCGCCUGACGUCUGGAUCGACGACGAGGGCUCCGAGUGGCGGCACCUCGGCAAUGAGGACGACAGCGUGCAGGCUGGGGGCCACCCCCUCGGAGCGGGCCUCGGUGACGGCGGCGACCUCCAUAUGCUGCGGGUCAACCUGAGGAGGAUGCGCCGCCAGGAGCGCCACAAGGAGGCAGGCGCUCUGGAGGCUGGAGCGCUGGCGGGCAUCUGGGCGGGUGCAAGGGCGCAAGCGGCGGGCUACCAGUGUUCCGACGAAUGUGAACGCUGUGGCGAGGGCAAGGACACCAUCGAGCACUGGCUGUACUUCUGCGAGGCCACCUGCGAGAUGGGGGGCCCCUG